UCUUUUUCAUUCAGCAAUAACUCUUCAUCAGACUCUUAAAGAGACAGAAAUAAAGACCUGGCAGCAGCAGCACACACAGCUCUCUCUCUCUCUCAAGUGUUACUCAGCGAGCGUCUGGAUGGAGGAAAACGGAGGUGUGGAGCUCACACAGAGCCCCGAGACGCUCACCGAGGACGAUGUGUGUGUGAUCCAGGACACAUGGAGACCCGUCUAUGAGAACCGAGAGAACGCUGGAGUCGCUGUGCUCAUCAGGUUCUUCUCCAACUUCCCGUCGGCGAAGCAGUACUUCGAUCAAUUCCGUGACAUGCAGGAUCCUGAGGAGCUGAAGCAAAGCGUCCAGCUGAAGAAACACGCCAUGCGGGUCAUGACCGCCCUCAACACGAUGGUGGAGAACCUGCGCGACGGAGACAAACUCAACACCAUCUUCCAGCAGAUGGGCAAAUCACACGCACUCAAACACAAGGUGGACCCGCUUUACUUCAAAAUUCUGGCUGGAGUGAUUCUGGAGGUGCUGGUGGAGGCUUUCCCACAAUGCUUCAGUGCAGCGUCGGUGCAGAGCGCCUGGUCUAAACUCCUGGGCGUCCUGUACUGGCAGAUGAACAAAGUCUAUGCUGAAGUCGGCUGGGACUCCAUCAAAAACACUUCAGAGUGAAAGAGAAUUAAUGCAGAAUUAUAAGAAUUAAACCAAAGAUUAUGACACAGAUGUCAAGUAUAUUGCAUUCAUUUCUAAGUGAAAGAAAAAUAUGUAGCAGAAAAUAAAAACGUGUUGUUAAAUUGAGAAGAUGUUUUAUAAAUGUUAAUGGACCCUACAUGAUAUUUAAUCUGGACUUCUCGAUGUCAGAUCCCUAGCAGCUGUUAUUCAGCUCAGAUCAGAAACACACUUAUCAAUCCGUGUAGAGAUCACAAGACCUCUGCAGUCCAUCUCCCAUUCAAUAUUUACACAUUAAAAAUGUGCAAAAAAUGAAAGAUUUGUGUCUCUGCUGGAGCUCCAGAUAAAUCUCCAGCUCCUCUGAAGCGGAUGUCUGUGAAACAGAUGAGUGCUUUCGUAGCAGUCUCUUCCCCUGCGUGCUGUGAGCCACUGUUCGGUGCUACUGAAGCAGAUAAACUCAGCUCUUUUUGUACUUAUUCAAAUGUUUUGUACGUGUAAAAUAAUGACUGAUUCAGAAAUAAACACUCUGCAACAUUAA